AUGGCCUCUGCUGUCAUCGGUUCCGUUCCCACCACUGCGUCUCGCUUUGCUCUGUUACAAGUAGAAAGUGACACCGAUUCGGAGCAUGGAAGAGGAAGAAGUGGCCAAGGUGCCAGUAAAUCUCAGGCUUCAGGGGCAAGAUCAUCUGCAACUGAGAAAAAAAGAAAGAAAAGGAGAAAAAAGAAAGAACAGCAGCAAAGUGAGGCCAAUGAGCUCAGAAACCUAGCGUUUAAAAAGAUUCCUCAAAAAUCCUCACAUGGAAGCUGUCUGUCUCAGCAUGAACAAAAACUGCACGCUGCAAUCCGGAAGGGCUCUCAGGAAGAAAAUUGGCAGGAGUGGAGACAAAGAGAUGAGCAGCUGACAUCUGAAAUGUUUGAAGCUGAUCUCGAAAAAGCAUUGCUGCUAAGCAAACUGGAAUAUGAAGAACACAAAAAGGAGUAUGAGAACGUUGAAAAUGCUUCAUCUCAGCCAAAGUCUGUGAAUAAGAAAGAGAAAAAGAACCAGCAAGGAAAAGACAGACCUCUCACUGUGUCUCUGAAAGACUUUCAGUCAGAGAGUAAUGCAGAUAACCUUGCUAAAAACCAUGAGGGUCCGAGCUCCUCCCAGCCUUCAUUGCAUGACGGAGGAUUUUUCAACAGGCUAGAAGAUGAUGUUCACAGAAUACUUGAAAGAGAGAAAAGGAGAGUCCAGCUCACUGAAUACAGUGAAACGGAUAACUGCACGUCUCGUGAACACAACCAGGAGAGUGUUUUGAAAGGUGGAAAAACGGAGCAACUAAAGCUUGAGCUUGAAAAGAAAGAUGCAGAAAUUGAGCGACUGAAAAAUGCAGUAACUCAGUGGGAGGCAAAGUAUAAAGAAGUAAAGUCAAGAAAUGCACAGCUUCUGAAGAUGAUGCAAGAAGGUGAAAUGAAAGACAAAGCAGAAAUACUCCUACAGGCUGAUGAAUCUCAAAUUAUCAAAAAUGAAUUGACUGCACAGGUAACUCUUCUUCAUGCUGCAUUAGAGCAAGAGAGAUCCAAAGUGAAACUACUGCAGACAGAAUUAACAAAAUACCAGAGUGGGAAAAAAGGGAAAAGGCAGUCAGAAUCUGACCAAUGCAGGUGA